AUGCACAAUAUCAAUGAUAGAGUGGUGUUGAAUGGUGUGGAAGGAACUAUUAAAUAUAUAGGUCCGACCCAAUUCCAGCCAGGUGAGUGGAUUGGAGUUGAGCUUGACCAACCUGCUGGAAAGAAUGAUGGUUCUGUUGCUGGCGUGAGAUAUUUUCAGGCACAAGAUAAACAUGGUGUCUUUGUUCGUCCUGCAAUGUUGCAGUCGCCCAACUCGAGUGACAUUCGCCUGAAGGUAAUCAUUAGAUCCCUAGAAGACAAGUUGUUGAAACUACGGUCGGAUAUGAGCGAUCUUAUGGCUCAAUUGGAAUUAUCAAAAAGUACUGUGGUUUCCUUAGAGGAAUCAUUGGAGCGAGAGAUCAUGGAAAAAAUGACACUUUCUGACCGGCUAGCUGCCUUGCAAGACAAGACAAACGAGAUCUCAGUCAACUCAGUGAGGCGUGGAGAUGUUGACAGCGGCCAAAUAGAGCAUUAUGUCAAGGAACUCGCCAAGCUAAAAGAAUCCAACGACCAGCUUCAAAGCAAAGUAUUGUCUCUAGCUGACGCGGAGGUAAUUAUUGACUCGCUAACAGUUCAGAACGCUGACUUGACAGACGAACUCUCAAAAUGUAAGGUUGCGAUAAAAGAGCUGGAAAGCCUUUUGGAACUUGAUAAAGAUCUGGAGCAAAGCCAUUUAGAGAUAGGAAAUGAAUUGCGGGCUGAAAUAAAGCAGGCAUAUGAAAAGUUGGAGCAAGAACAAGCUCACGUCAAAACUCUUGAGACGAAAGUUGCAAAACUUAAUCAGCUACUUCAGCAGAAGCAUUCGCAACCAGAAAAAUCAGGUGUUUCAAGCGAAUCGACCGAAAAGCUUCUUUCUCAAUUGAAGCACCACGACUCUCAAAUAUUGCAACUAAAACAUCAGUUGGAAAUACAGCAGGUCUUACAUAAAGCAGAGCACUUGGCUUUGGAAGAGUAUUCGAAUCUCCUUUCAAGAUCUGAAGGAGGCUCAGAAAACCUACAGCAGAUGGCCCAGCUUGUGAGAUUUAAAGUUUUGUGCCACCAGUUCGAAGAUUACAAUAUUAGUCAACUAGGACAGGUUGCAAGUAUUGAUGAUUAUUUCCACCAAUCACAAUGUCUUCGAGACGCCUUCUCAUUAGGCCGUCUUGCCUUAGAAGCUGGUUGUAUAAUAAAAACUUGCGAAUAUCACAGAGAGGUGCCAUCUGCUCUUGUGAAACAAGUUUCUGGACUUUUGGAAAGAUUUGAUAAAAUGCUUGAAGCACACGAGUAUCACGAAGAUCUCAUAUUUCCAUUUGAAGGUCCUGUGAAGAACAGGGAGGAGGUCCUCAAGCAAAUGCUGCUGGCUGUCCAUAAACUUGAAUAUUGUCUUCUUUUGAGUGGUCUACUACAGGACGGAUUAUCAUUGAACGGAACAAGGUAUGGUUUUAGCGCCGUGAAAGCUGCUAUUGAGGAUUUGAUGGGGCAGCUCGAUGGUCAUAUUCGUGCACUCGAAACCCUGGAGAAAAAUGGGCAAGGGCUGAUGAAUGGGCCUAACAUUCGAUUUGAAAGUAUAGACGAUCUCUUUGCUGCUCUUUGCGAUCUAGAUGAAAGAAUAAGGGCUGGGGAGCAGAUCACUCUGUUUGGAGAGCCGAUUAGAAUAUCCCCAACUAGGCUAACCCUCCCUGAAUUUGAAAUUGUCGAAAUUCCAGCAUCCACAAGUUGGUUCAUCGGACACAGAGAGGUCCAAGAUGAUACAGCGAGCGAAAAACAAGCUCAGAUUAUUGAAGAACUUCAAAUGAAGAUCUCUGUUCUUCAAGCAAAGUUGAGCAAGCACCAAACAGAGGAAUUGCAAUUGAUACAGCUAUCUAAGUCUUUUGAAGAAUUACAGUUAGAGAAUCAAAAACUAAACAAAGAGUACAUGGGAGCACAGGAAAAGUACAAAACAAUUUUGAAACAGCUUGAUGAAACAACCAAGAAGCUGCAACUCUACGGGGAUGAUAAAACUCGUGGAGUGUACGAAGAGUUUAUGCGACUAGAUAAAAUGCAACUCAUAAAUGAAAUUUCAAGUCUGAGGACGCUGGUAACCAAGCUUGAUACUUCCAGGACUAUCCAAAACCGUGACCUACAGUUUGCCUGUGACCUUUUACCUGACCUUAGUCCAAUUAAGUGGGAUCUUGGUACCAAUAUCGAGGAGAUGGUGAGCGCUGAUGAGCUAUCUGCCAACAUUAAGCACUUUCAGAUCCCAAAAAUCACAGAAAAUAACUCAAAUGCAUUAAAUGGCUACACCAAAAUGCUCAACAUCUUGAUGGGAUGA